CCCCGAGGCAGCCUGGCCCGAGUGGGACGCCCACCGCCUCCGACGCGUCGCCUUUUCGCCCUUUUCCACUCGAAAUAGGAGGCGUUCGCUCAUGAUUCUUCUCCCCGAGAUUGCAAUUUUAAGAAUGGUUCAUCACAGCAACAGCAUAAAGUGACGUUGACACGGGACGGGCCAGUGGAAAUUCUCUUCCGCCAUUACUCCUGCCGUCAGCCCCUGCUGGAUGCGCCAUGCAGCUCCUUCUACCUAAGCAAUUACCCUGCUAUGGGAAAUCUGGCUGGACAUAGGCUAGUACAGCUCUGGCUGUUUGUUAAGAUUAGGUUGCAAGUGAAUGGUGUUGCACCAUUGUCCCUCUAAAACUCAUUCUUUGAUUGUGGGAAUGUUGGUCUUUAGUUGUAGUUAUAUCUCACGGUUAGGGCUGUAAGUACUUUUGGGCUUCAAUUGUGAACAUUCUCCUUUCGUGGAGGAUCACAGUGGUUCUGAUUUUAUUGACAAGAAUCUCCAGAAACACAAACUAAAAUGCCUACAGAGAGCUUAGGCUUAGAUUCUAGAAUGGCAGCUAUGGACAUGGACCCCAAAGGCUUUAGUCCCAUGUCAGGACCCGAUGAAAAUAUGAGCUCACCCCCAAGCGUUUUAACAACAGCCUCUGCUGGGUCAACUCCUUCUUCCAUCCCGUCUGCAGGGUCUACACCAUCAUCUAUUCCAUCGGCUGGAUCGACCCCAUACCAGUAUAAUACUCAAGAGGAUGGGAUAAAGCCUACGACCCCCUCGUCAGACCAUCAGCCCAUAACGCCCAUGACACCUGACCAGCCCAUCACCCCCGAUCAGCCCAUUACCCCUGAUCAAUCCGUUCCAUCUGACCAACCCAUCACGCCAGACCAGCAGAUCCCGCGGAGUCCCAUGGGCUACAUCGACGGCAUAAAAGAUGGAUUGCCCCUGGAGAAAAUGGACAUCAGUGCCAGUGUUAUGGAGCAGCAUUCGCACCCGAGCGGAAGCAAAGAGAGUGAGAGACGUGACGAUUGUUCAUGCAUACUGUGUGAGGAUCAUAGAAGACAUGCUAAUGAUCCACCUUCCAUGAGUGACAGUGCUUUGUUAAAGGACAGAUAUAGUGGUGAGAUAAAAGUGAAGACAAAGAGAAAGAAAGACCCAAAUGCACAGAUCAAACCCCGAAGACGGAAGCAGUCGGGGAAGAAUGCAGUACAUUACCAAAGUGAGAUUUCUCAAGACUCAGAGGUGACUGGUAUCAGAAUGAAGAUAAAGUUGACUCUCCCUCCACUAAUAAACGAUGCUGCUCAGGACAGUGCAGAUGCCUCACACAUGAGCCAAACUCUGAGUGUAAAGUCUAGUCCAGGCGAGAAGGCAAAAAGAAAAAGUUUGCAUGCAACCGACAAUUAUUACAACUCCAAAACUUUACCUGGAGAAGGAAGAAAGCGCAGAAAAGCUUCAGAUUUCGUUGAGUGGGGUCCAGUUUUAAGUGAAGUGAAUGGUGAACCACAGUCAGUGUGGGGGUGGAAAAUGCCCCCACAUGUGUUGUACCAGAUUUUUGACUUUGCAGCUAGAAACGUGGGGACCAUCCCUUUCAUUCUAAGAGCAUCAAGAGUGUGCAGACUCUGGCGGCAGGUGGCCACCAACAACAACUUAUGGCACACGGUUGACCUGGCCACCGGGCGCAUCAAGCCACGCUACCGCAAUGAGAGAAAGCUCCUCUGGAUAUUGGAGAACAGAUUAUCCAAAGUCCGUGACUUAAACCUUGCUGGAUGGAACGAAGCCGUGACGCCCCCUAUCCUGCCAAGGCUAGUAGAGUUGUGUCCAGAACUGACUAGCCUGAACUUAUCUUACUGCCACAAGAUCCAUGCUGAGAACCUCCAUACGCACCUCUCCUUAUGCAAAAAGCUGGAGCGCCUUGAUCUCACCAAUGUCAUGGCAUCCCAUAAACCUACUCCCCGAUGUGCUGUGGGUCAGCAGACCUUAUCAGACAUGGCAGUGACCAUGAACACUAGAUUGACGCAUCUGACACUGGCAAACAACACUCUGUCAAAUGUGCCGGGACUCAUCAAAGCCUUAGCGGAUCACUGCCAAAAUCUCCAAACACUGGACCUGUCAAAUGUGUUGACAAUUGGUCGUGACUGUGUUAGGAUCAACAUAGAGCUUCUACAGAAAGGAUGCACAAAGCUGAGAACUCUAAGACUUACCAAUUCUAACACCAGACUCUCACAGACAUCCAUGUCAGUGCAAGCAUCAUCACCAGGGUUUCCUGAGCUUGAGGAGUUGAGUUUGGCUGUUGAUGGAAACUUGAGCGUUGGAAUGAACGACGGGGAACUUGAGCGAAUUCUGAAGAACUCCCAUAAACUUCGCCUCCUGGAUGUGAGAGGGUGCAUCAACAUAACUGACUCCUCCUUAGUCCGCAUUCCACCGUGGGAUUUAGAGCACCUGUUUUUAGCCGGAUCCACGUCUCCCAAAUACUACUCCGACCGCCUGGAGCUGGUGGUGCGCAAGUGGCAACAUUCUCUAGUAGAGCUGGAUCUGUCGUGGACGGCUAAUGCAGACAGUAUUGAUGCUGCUCUCAUUGCCAUAUCGGAAGAAUCUGAUAAUAAACUCAGGUGA